UGUGUCGCAAUAAUGAAAUUAUAAAAAGUAUGAAUUAAAAUAUAUUUAAAAAGUGAAACAUAUUUCGCAAAGUAUCUGCUGCUUUCAGAAUAACGAUUGAGAGUAAACUCAAGAAUUUUGUGUGCUAACAAUACAAAAUUAUGUAUAACACCUUAAAGGAUAAUAACUUUAAUAGCAUUCAAUUGGAAAUAAAUUACUUCUUAUUUAAGUGGAUGGUACUUAGAUAGAAAGAUACGAUACGAAGAUCCAAAAAACUGCAGUCAACAAGCAAAGUGAAAUUGUGCUGUUUAGGUAGCAGAAUAUGAAAUCCGAAAUUGGUUUCGGCAUACGGGUGGGUUUCGUUGUGUAUAAUAAAAUUUGGACAAAAUGAAGAGCAAAAUCAACACAAAGAGAGUAUCUCGUUUUUCCAGUGCUCUCGUUUCAUCAGGAAUGUCAGCCAAACACUGUGUAUUUGUGCAGAUUCACGCAUGUGUAUAAAGUCUCACAGUAUAAGUAGAAUAUAAGUACAGCUCUUAUAAGGUUUGGCGAUGCUACAAUGGGAAAGGAUAUUCUUCAGUAUUGAGUGUCCUCCUCCGCAUUCUCGAAAAGCAUGUAGGAAAGUUAAUACUUGAAGUUACAUUUGUACACAUCGCUUCGCCUUUCAACCAUAUUAUUAUAUUGCUCAAAUGUUUCAUAAAAGUACAUGCAUAAAAUUUAAGUUUUAAUUUGAAAUAAAGAACUUUAAUCAGUUAAAACGCGUAAUAUACAUACAUAUGAAGGCAGUUGUGUAUUUAUCGUACAACAAAUUGAAAGCUCAUUAAAUAUCAAAUUAAUGCACAUUUUUAUUGCCGUCGUUCGUCUUUUCACACAGCAGAAGCACAUAUCCAUGUACGAGUCGCCACUCAAAUUAAAUACAAUAUAAAAUCGAAUAUUUGAAAAAUUAUUACAUAAAGUAGAGGGCAAGAGCAAGCAAAAUGAAUUCUUUACUAAGUUUCGCCAUGCCUGCCCAUGGACCACCAAGUAUAUUGGAACCACUUGCACCAUCAUUUAAAACAACAACGACAGCAUCAACUACGACCAGCACAAGCUCAACAACAACUACGACCGUAUCAUCUUCAACUUUGUUCACAGUUAUAUUAGAUAACCUAACCACAGCAAUUGUGUUCGAAAAUGAUACUAUAACCAAUCAUACGAAUUAUACGAAUAAUUAUGAAUCACGAGGGCCGAAGUACUCGAUUUCAUCCAUGGUGCUAAUGGGUAUAAUCGCAGCUAUUCUUAGCAUUCUUACAGUAGCUGGCAAUGUCAUGGUUAUGAUAUCAUUUAAAAUCGAUAAACAACUUCAAACGAUAAGCAAUUAUUUUCUGUUUUCGUUAGCCAUCGCCGAUUUUGCUAUUGGCUUGAUAUCUAUACCACUGUUUGCAGUAUCAACAAUUUUGGGUUACUGGCCGUUAGGACCACAUAUUUGCGAUACCUGGUUGGCUUUGGAUUAUUUGGCAUCUAAUGCUUCUGUACUCAAUCUGCUUAUAAUAAGUUUUGAUCGUUAUUUCAGCGUCACCAGACCACUAACUUAUCGUGCUAAACGCACAACUAAUAAGGCUGCAGUCAUGAUUGGUGCUGCAUGGGGUAUUAGUUUACUGUUAUGGCCUCCAUGGAUUUAUAGUUGGCCAUAUAUUGAAGGAAAGCGUACAGUACCUGCAGACGAAUGUUAUAUUCAAUUUAUUGAAACUAAUCAGUACAUUACAUUUGGAACUGCAUUGGCAGCAUUUUACUUCCCGGUUACUAUCAUGUGCUUUCUAUAUUACAGAAUAUGGAGAGAAACAAAAAAACGUCAGAAGGACUUGCCUAAUUUACAAGCCGGCAAAAAGGAUUCCUCUAAACGUUCUAAUUCUAGUGAUGAAAAUACUGUUGUUAAUCACACCGGAAUUUUGUCAUUUCCACAACUCGCUGGUGCUCAAAAUGAAGAUUGGAGGCGACCGCGAUCUGAAUCCUCUGCAGAUGCUGAAAGUGUUUAUAUGACAAACAUGGUAUUAGAUUCUGGUUAUCAUGGAAUGCAUUCCAGAAAAUCAAGUAUCAAGAGUAAUAAUACUAUUAAGAAACGAUAUUCGUGUUUGGGAGGUGUGAAAGAGUGGUGUAUUGCGUGGUGGCAUUCCGGUCGUGAGGAUUCAGAUGAUUUUCAGUAUGAACAAGAGGAGCCAUCUGAUUUAGGGUAUGCAACACCUGUGUCAAUUGAUACUCCCUUCCAAAACUUCAUAUCAAGGUGUACAUCCAUGAAUGUUAUGCGAGACACUUACUCUUUAGGUGGAAGUGCGAGCGGCGUACGUCCACCUAGCAUAUUAUUACCGGACAUAUCUCCAAUAAGACCUCCACUAACUCCGUUAUCACAUCUACAGGAUAUUUCAUCAGUUUCGGGGCCUCGAUCAUUACCAAGUAAUAAUCGUAUUGGCUCCUCACGAUCUGUAAGCCAGGAUUCUGUUUACACUAUUUUAAUUCGUUUGCCAUCUGAUGGUGUAAAUGCGAAUAAUGGCUCCGAAGCGGCGCCAUCGAUCAAAAUGAUACAUGAAGACGUGCCAAUGCCUUUGAUGACAAUGCCUACGAGAAGGCCACUGCCCUCGAGGGAUUCUGAAUUUAGUUUACCCAUUGGACGUCGUCAAUCAUCACAUGCACCUGACGUGCGCAUUCCUCUCAAUGCGAAAAUCAUACCUAAACCUCUGGGGAAAGCUACUGCCCGUAUUGCUGCAAAGAAAAAGAAAAAGUCCCAAGAAAAACGACAAGAAUCUAAAGCUGCUAAAACAUUAUCAGCAAUUUUACUUAGUUUUAUAAUAACAUGGACGCCUUAUAAUAUUCUAGUGCUAAUAAAACCUUUAACGACAUGCUCCGAUUGCAUUCCUGACGAAUUAUGGGAAUUCUUUUAUGCCCUGUGCUACAUCAAUUCCACAAUCAACCCGGUAUGUUAUGCUUUGUGUAACGCAUCUUUUCGACGCACCUAUAUUAGAAUUUUGACUUGUAAAUGGCAUACGCGAAAUCGUGAAGGAAUGAUAAGGGGAGUUUAUAACUAAGUUAAUACAUAUAUACAUAUAUAUGUUAUAUAUAUUCAUGGAAA